GCGCGAAGUUUGUAGGGCCCCUGGCCUUGACACUGGUCCGCGGGACGAUCGAACUCAUUUCGGCGCCACAAAUUCGCAUCGCUCAUUCACUCAGAGCAACAGUAUUGAGACAAUAGUUCAAGCAGCGUCUUUGAUAAGUGCGUAACGUGUGUUGUGCUAUUUACAAAUGACAAUUUUUUUAAUACUUUUGUUUGAUAAAAAGUGAUUUUGAGUGACCGUUAUAUACCAAGAGUGCUGAAAUAAUCAGAUUGAUUUACACAAUAAGCCACGUCAACAAGGAGGCUUAUCUUCUACGUACCACCAAGAUCACAGUUUGAAAAAUGGCUGCAAAGAAGAUAGCAACUUACGUGUUCUUAGAUAUACAAACCACUAACUACCCAGAAACCGUGCAUGGUGAAGUACGAAUCACGGAAUUAUGCAUGAUAGCUGUAAAACGAGCCCACGUUGAAGGGUACGAGAACCAACCCCCAAUACAGAACAAAAUCAAGAUGUACUUCAAUCCUGAGAAAAAAGUAGACACUAAGAUUUCACGAAUGAACGGAUUGACACAAGCCUUUUUAAAACAUGAAGCUGAAUUCAACAAAGAUGUAUUCAAUCUCAUGAACUCUUUCAUCAAUUGUCUUAAGAAACCAGUGUGUUUGAUCGCCCAUAAUGCGCUUAAAUUUCACUUCCCUGUACUCAAAUUCCAUUUUAGGAGAAUGAACGUUGAAUUUCCAAAUGAUCUUAUGUGCACUGAUAGCAUUUACUGCUUAUUUGAUAUAUUGGAGCCAGAAUUCUAUGAGGGACCAAGAGAAAUUACAGAAGAAAACUAUGAUGAUGAAUCUGAGGACUCGGACUCCCCCGAAGGUAUAGACAGAAAAAAUGAACUCGCUGACAUGGAGCGUCGUACUAAAAAAGCUAAAAUCGGACCAUCAAGUUAUGACCGUCUCAAACGGCCUAUAUUUUAUACCUUAGGCCCAAGAAAUUCGUACAAACUACACGACAUCUACGAAAGAGUUAUAAAAUAUGAAAAAGAAGAUAUGGAGGCAGAAGCGAUCUGUGAAAAGUUAAUGAAAAUAGCAACGGCGAAAAGCGACGAGUUUGCUUCGUGGGUUGACCGCAACCACUGCAAGUUCAACGAAGUACCAGAAAUGAUUAUGUAAUAAAACUUUUCUCUAAUGGACCAUUCAUGUA